AUGCCGCCUUAUACUCGCUCCCGAUGGACCAGGAAAGAAGAUACUCGGAAGUGGAUAAACAAUCUGCCGCUUGAUGUGUUGAUGGUGAUACUACAAAAGGUUGGGACUAUUGACAUACUAUUGAAUGUCCAGAAAGUAUGCGUCUUAUGGCAUAGAAUCUGUCAAGAACCCGCAUUCUGGCGUUCUAUUGACAUACAUGACAUCAAGAAACUCUACAACUUUCCCCAUUAUCAAGCAAAGGAUGGCGGACUUCCCUAUAAUGUCAACAAAAUUAUAGAGGCAGCAGUUGACAGGAGCUGUGGUCAAUUGAUUAAUAUCAACCUCGAAUAUAUCGGAAAUGAUCACCUCCUCAAAUAUAUUACUGACAGGAAAAUUCAGUUGAAAUGCCUUCGAGUGGUAUGGAGUUACAUUACAGAUGAGGGAUUAAGUGAAGUUGCUAAAAAGAUGCCAUCUAUGGAAGAACUUCAUAUUAGUUAUGGAGACAUCAAACAUAUAGGUCUUGAAAAUGUUGGUCUCAACUGCCCUGGUUUGAAAUCACUCACAUUUAAAAAACCAGGUUUGGUGACUGAAAUCGAGUAUGAAGAGGAUAGUGAUGAUGAGGAGGAUAGUGACGAUGAGGAAGAUAGUGAUGAUGAGGAGGAUAGUGACGAUGAUGAAGAUAGUGAUGAUGAGGAGGAUAGUGAUGAUGAUGAUUUAAUUGAGUAUGAGUUGGAUAGUGAUGAGGAGGAGGAUAGUGAUGAUGAAAUUAGUUUAAUUGAGUAUGAGGAGGACAAUGAUGAUGAAAUUGAUCCUAAUUUGGUUGCAUUUGCUAUCUCUAAAACAAUGCCUCAGUUGCAACACCUUAAUCUUAUUGAAAAUGGAAUGACAAACGAAGGCUUACAGGCUAUACUUGACUCUUGCCCUCGUCUAGAAUCGCUUGAUCUCAGAAAGUGCUUUAGAGUUGACCUGACGUCUGAUACUAAGUUGAGCAAAAGAUGUUCUUCCAUAAAGUCAUUCUGCCACCCCAAUGACUCUACCAUUCUUGGUGUUGAUGUUUUUAAACCCCUUAACAUGGGUAAUUUUGAUUUCUCUUGA